CUUUUCUCCAUCAUCUGUUGGUUUAUGACUCCAUGGCUACACAGAGUGUGAAACUCCGAGAUGAACAUGAUGCCGUACAGAAAAAAACCUUCACGAAGUGGCUCAACGCGCAGUUCUCCAAGACGGGGAAGGCGCCCAUCCAAGACAUGUUCUCUGACCUGAGAGACGGCAGAAAACUCCUCGAUCUCCUGGAGGGGCUGACUGGAAACACACUGACCAAAGAGCGAGGCUCUACUAGAGUUCACUCCCUCAACAACGUCAACCGCGUGCUGCAGGUCCUUCAUCAGAGCAGCGUGGAUCUGGUGAAUAUCGGCGGGACUGAUAUUGUCGAUGGUAAUCAUAAGCUCACUCUAGGACUCAUCUGGAGCGUCAUACUGCACUGGCAGGUUAAGGACGUCAUGAAGGAUGUGAUGUCCAGUCUUCAGCAGACCAACAGCGAGAAGAUUUUGCUGAGCUGGGUGAGAAACUGCACCCGCAACUAUAACAACGUCAACGUGCUCAACUUCACCACCAGCUGGGCAGACGGCCUGGCCUUCAACGCCAUCCUACACCACUUCAGACCUCAUGGGUUCAGCUGGGAGGAAGCAGUUCGUCUAACCCCAGUGGAGAGGCUGGACCAUGCUUUCACAUUUGCCAAAGAUCAACUCAACAUUGAGAGACUCCUGGAUCCAGAAGAUGUGGCGGUGCAGUUGCCGGAUAAGAAGUCCAUCAUCAUGUAUGUGACCUCACUCUUUGCUGUGUUUCCCAAUGACAUCACGAUAGAUGACAUCAGAGAGGUGGAGACGCUGCCCAGACGCUAUAAGGUGGAGCACGAGGAUGGACACGCUGUAAGUGCACUGGUUACCCAAAAAAACAUGUGCUUUAGUGAGCUAACCGUCUCAGAUUGGUGUUCCAUCAUGUGCCGAAACGGUCAUAAUCCAAAACUGGUUCGAUUGCAGUGGUCAUGAGGACAUUUUCAGUAGCCCCUCACUGCAGAACACAAGAUCCGGGGGCGUGGUUGGA